AUGUCAAGUUUUCUUCCCACGUCACCAUCAUCACAAGCCAAUGCAGGUACCGGCAUUGGCACAUUGCAACGUUCGACAGUGAACAAUGCGGCAGCUGAUGCAUUACGAAAGAAAAUGCAACAAUUACGUGAUGAACUCGAACAGGUUAAAGACAGUUUAGAGAGCGCGCGUAAGGAAUUGGAAAAGGAACGGCACGGUCGAGAAGUUGCAGAAGCUGAAGUUAGUCAACUUACACGUAAACUUCAUUCAUUCGAAGAACAACUUGAACGAACAGAAGAACGUUUAGUACAAACAACGAGCAAGCUCGAUGAAGCAUCCCAUACUGCUGAUGAGCGAGAACGAUCAAGAAAAAUGUUGGAGAACCAACUAAAUCUUGGUAGUGAUCGUACAGAAAUCCUUGAAGUGCAAUUGAAAGAAGCACGAGCACUUGCAGCAGAGUCUGAUAAGAAGUACGACGAAGUUGCACGAAAAUUAUUAGUUCAAGAAAGUGAAUUAGAAAAAGCCGAAGAGCGUGCUAAACGAGCAGAAGUCAAAUGUCUUGAAUUAGAACAAGAAAUGAAAAAUCUUCAUCAUCAAUUGAAAUCCUUUCUAGCUCGUAUUGAAGAUGCACAAAAUAAAGAACAAAGCUAUGAAGAUCAAGUUCGUCGUCUUACCCAACAUCUGAAAGAUGCUGAAACCCGCGCCGAAUAUUCUACCAAACAAGUUCAACGACUACAGCGUGAAGUGGAUACACUUGAAGAAGAAUUACAAACCGAACGUGAUCGUUGUAAAAAUCUUCAAAAUGAAAUGGAACGUUGUUUCUCCGAUUUACAAUUACUUUAA